AUGUCAAACAGAUUGGAGUCUCUCUCGAACAAGAAAUCCGCAGCCAAUGCUGCUGGGAAGACUUCACUCAAGUUUAAGCCAAAGACAAACGUAACAAGAAGAACACAAGAAGAAAGAGCCAAAGAUGCCCCCGUGACUGUGAAGAGUGAACAUGAAGGACUCCCCCAUGGCGGUAGAGGAAGUGGAAGAGGUGGAAGAGGGUCCAUGAGAGGUGGCAGAGGUGGGGGUAGAGGUGGAAUGUACGCGGGUACGCACCUCGUUUCUUCAGGUCCCUUGUCUGCCGGGUCUGUCUCUAUUGGAGACGGUGCCAACGGAACCAAGACAGGCUUGACUCGCGACAGAGUAUUCAAUUCACAGUCUCCGACCCCCGAAUUCUUGAGAACCUUGAAACUUAAGGAACUCUCGAUCAGUAACACCAAGGGAAGAGAGAGCCCUAGUCCAAGUCCAAGCGGAGGCUUGCAAGAUGACUUUUCAGAUGAUGAGGUGCAAGACCUUACGAGAAUAAAUAUGAACAAGGAGUAUAGGUUUGCGGAUGAGGAAACUGCUCUCUUCCCUGUAAGACCAGUGAGGGAGGAAAGAAACGAAGUUAAGGCUGGGCUAAACUCAGGUUCUAGCUCCAAUGAAAGCUCACCUGAACCUGAACUGGUAACCAGCAAAUCCAACACGCCUACCCCUGCAGUCCAUGAGACAACGGCCGUCAAGUCUGAAUCUGAUGAAGAUUCUAUUGAGGCCACAAUUCAGCAGAAAGAAAACGAAACUAAAGCGUUGGAAGCCAAAUUGUAUCUCGAGACGGCUAUCAAUAUUGAAGCUCAAGAAGAAUUAAAGCUUCAAUCUGAGCUAAAGGACAUAUCAAACUUAUUAUCAUACUCCGGUGAUAAUCAAAACUAUAUAAUAAUGCAUUUACCCAAAAUUCUUCCAGCCUACGAGAAGGUGGAUGAAUCAAUGGCUGCUGAUUCUAACAACUUUUCGAAGUUUUCUAGUGGACCUUACCAUGAAAAGGGCCAAAUAGGGCAUGUGAACAUUCAUAGAUCGGGAAAAGUAACCAUAAACCUAGGAAAUGAUAAUGUAUUGGACGUUACUAAGGGUAUGACUUCGAAUUUCCUUCAAGAAGUUGUAUUGUUGGAUACAAAGCAAGAGGCGGCAAAGGUAGACGCUGAAGUUGGUGAAAUUCUUGAUGAAGAGCAGCUGAAACCACCAAAGGGCAAGAUUCUUAGGUUGGGAGCAUCAACAGAGAAACUUAUUGCAACACCUUCAUUAUAG